GCCAGUCAACUACAUAUCCCACAAACCUUUGUUCCUAACCCGGAAGAAAAUAGUACCACGUGCGAACUUCGAAAACUCGCCGAAAGAAAUCGUUCCGGAGUGAUUGCGGCUCAUCACAAUGAAUCCGCUCACCAAAGUGAAACUCAUCAAUGAACUGAAUGAAAAAGAGGCUGAACUUGAUGUCAAAGACAGUGUGUCCUGGCAUUCAGUCUAUAAGGACAGCGCCUGGAUCUUUAUCGGUGGACUUCCAUAUGAGCUGACAGAAGGAGACGCCAUCUGUGUUUUCUCUCAGUACGGAGAGAUUGCCAACAUCAACUUGGUGCGAGAUAAAAAGACGGGUAAAUCCAAAGGAUUCUGCUUCCUGUGCUAUGAAGAUCAAAGGAGCACCAUUCUGGCUGUGGAUAACUUUAAUGGAAUCAAGAUUAAGGGGCGAACCAUACGUGUGGACCAUGUAGCAAAUUAUCGACCACCCAAGGACAACGAAGACAUUGACGAUGUCACUAAAUGUUUGCGAGAAGAGGGAUGUGCUCCUAAAGUGCCCCUGCCUUCCUCCUUUGAGUCAGGGUCUGAGGAAGAACAUGCUGUACCUGUGAAAAAGCCAAAAAAAGAUAAAAAGGAGAAGAAAAAGGAGAAGAAAGAGAAGAAAAAAGCACUAAAGAAAGAGAAACAUGAGGCACGGACUGAGCCGUCAGCAUCAUCUCAUGUCAGAGUGAAGAAGGAGAAGGAGGACACGACAUACGAGAAGUAUGCCGUGAAAGGACCGGCAGGAAGCAGAAGGGACAGAUCGGGACAAGACUUCAGGAACCCACAAGACAGAGCAGAUGAGGUGGACAGAUUCAGAGAUAGGUAUAGAGGUGAGAGGGAAAGGGAUCGAGAAGACGACAAAAAGACAGACAGAAACCGAGAGGAUAAAAGACAUGAAGACACACGGCAGGGAGACAGAGAACGAGAUAAAGGAAGGGGUGUUGAUAGAGAGAAUAAUGGGGAAAGAGAGCGUGAGAGAGAAAGGGAACGUGAUGGAGACAGAAGGGAGCGAGACAGAGGAAAUGACCAAGGGUUUACCAAACACGGAGAUCACAGUCGUGAAAGAGAACACAGGUGAAAUUGAGCAGAGAUAGUCAUUUAUACAGUAUAUUUGGGGGGGUAUAGAAUUUUUUAAUAUCUGUCUGCAGUAAUUAACUGUAUAAUGGCUACCUGGCAUCAUGUUACACACAGUACACUCAUUUGACAAAUAAAUUCAAAUUUUAUUUGAAUUUAAAUGGUACAAAGACCAAAAAUGUCUUGUUUAACAGUGUCAACAAUAAACUCCAAAAUUACGAUGCAAUCAAAGUACACCAAUCAUUAUGGAUUCAGUUGUAAAACUAUUAAAAUACAUUUAGUUAAGUGUGUUCAGUUAAAAAAAACAAAAACAAUAUCAGACCAAGCAGAUGUGUACAUUACCCAUUUAUACCUGCUCAACAGGAAACAGCAUUUCAUCGCUAAUGAAUAAUUAUGAUCGCUAUGGCCACGACAACAUAUUCAAUAACCUAGCAAGAAAAGAUAAAACAAUUACACAGAUAUACUGAGUAAAUAAACACGCACAGAAUUCAAUAGUAAUAAACACGAAGUUGAACAUUAAAAUGUGUGGUGUGAUUAUUGGACAUCUGGGCUGAUGCUGUAAAUUUAUCUAGCCUGAUAAAAAA